AGGCAAUGCGCUAGGCUCAAAGGAGCAGCCGGUGAGCGUGGGCCAUGGAUGAUGACUUGGAGGAUGAUUUCGAUGCCGUGGCCUGCGAGGAUGACCCGCUGGACGCCGAGAAUUUCAAUGCCAUCGACUACAUCAACAAGCAGUUCCCCAAUGAAGACUCCCUCACCGGCCUGGCCGGCUUCAUCGGCCAGCUGAAAAGCCAGGAGCGGGAGAUCGAGGGAUCCAUCCGCAAGGCCAUCCGCAGGCAGGCGGCUUUCGGGCACCGCGCGAAGGCGGAUCUCGGAGAUGCCAAGCUGGCGGUGCGGGAGCUCUUCGAGCGGAUCAAAGCCAUCAGGGCGAAAGCUGAGCAGAGCGAAGAUCUGGUGAGCGAUGUGUGCAGGGACAUCAAGUCGCUGGACAUUGCGAAGCGGAACUUGACCUUGACAGUUACGGCGUUGAAGAGGCUCGUGAUGCUGGUCACGGCUUUGGAGCAGCUCCGCUCCACCGCCGAGUGCAGGCAUUAUGACCAGGCCUCCGGCCUGAUCCACGCGGUGGAGGAGCUCUCUGGUCAUUUUCAGGAGUUGUCGCACGUGGCGCGUGUAGCUGACCUCUUGGAGAGGAAGGCGGCGGUCUUGAGCGACCUGAAGCAGCAGAUCCUGGAUGACUACCUGUGCUUGCAUGGCGGCAUCGGCAGCGCCAGUCGCCUGGAGCUGUUGCCAGAAGGCUGGGGGACUGCUGCGGCCAAGUGUGUGGAGGCUUUAGGCCCGGGAAUGAAGAGAGAGGUGGUCACGCAGUUCUGCUUGAGGACCUUGGAGGGUUACAAGGAUAUAUUCCAGCCACCCAAAGAAGCAUCUGGGCUGGAAACCGCCGAGCGGCGCUUUGCGUGGCUAAAGCGCACCUUGCGCGAGUAUGAUGACAAGUACAAGUCCCAAUUCCCCGAAUCUUGGCGAGUUCCAUGCGGCCUUUGUGACCUGUUUUGCCAUGUUACUCGACAGCAUCUAGUUGAAAUCCUUGAUAUUUCGCACCACACCGUGGAUCCAGAGCUCAUGGUCCGUGUGCUGCUGAAGUCCAUCGAGUUUGAAAAUGAGCUUGCACGCAAGUGGUCAGAUGCUCCUGACGAGGAGGCAGACGUGCCGGAUUCGGGGUCGAACUCGGCCAUGCUGGGCCUCAAAUACCCAGAUGUUUUGUCUGCAAAGGCAGGUGGCAAAGUUUCCUCUUCUGCCAAGUCCAGUGUGGCGAAGGACGGUCGCUCAGAUCAAUUCGCGCCACGCUUUCGGGGGAUCAUCAGCGAGUGCUUUGAUGCAUACCUGAGUACCUGGGUAAAGCACGAAGAGAAGCAGCUACUGGAAGUCUUGCAGGCUUUGGCCGUGAAUGACAAAAUGGUUGGCCAAGACGACAAUGAUGAAGAUGAUGAGGAUGAAGUUCAGCAGCGGUACUUGUAUAAGUCCGCCCCGGAGAUCUUUGCAGCAAUGCGGGGCAGUAUGCAGGAAUGCGCUCGAUUUUCCACUCACAACACAUUGUUUGAUGUUUUCCAGGUGUUUCGGAAGAUCAUGAGCCAGUAUGCAAGCAAGCUGUCCAACCUGCUACCUGCAGGGCAUAAAGCAUGCGAUGCAGAGGGUGUGAAGUCUGUUUGUUGCGUCAUCGGUACAGCUGAAUAUUGCGACGAGACACUCCCGCUGCUGGAAGAAUCCUUGCUAAAGAUCAUCAGCUCAGAUUUCCAAGAGCGCAUUUGCUUCCAAGAUGAGCAGGAGGUGCUGCGAAACCUUGUGAACCGUGCCAACGACGCACUGGUGCAGUCAGUGAGCUGCAGCUUGGACGAGGCCUUUGGCAGCAUGACGCGCACCAACUGGGCGGCCUUCUCACAGGAUGUGGGUGAUCACAGCGCCUUUGUGGGGGAUAUUUCGGAGAAGCUGCCCAAGCAGUUCGAGCCCAUCGCCGCGCAUCUGUCCAAAAUUCACUACCGCUUCUUCUGCGACAAGUUUGUGCAAUCCUUCGUGGCCAGAUUCGUGGCGGAGGUGUACAAGUGCAAGAAGAUCAGCGAGCGCGGGGCGCAGCAAUUGCUGCUGGACACGGCCCUCAUCAAAACCACUCUGCUGGAGGCGCCGGUGGUGGCCGGGCAUGGGCGACAGAUGCCCACGGCGUACAGCAACUAUGUAUUGCGUGAGAUGGGGAAGGCCGAGAUCAUGCUGAAGGUCUUAAGCUCGCCCGACGUGGACGCGGCAUCAAUCACGGCCAUGCUGGGCGACAGCUCCGAGGAUCCCGUGGUUCAGCAGCUGCUGGCCCUUCGUGCAGGUGAUGCCAGCUCCUCUGCAGGCUCUGUGGAGCAACAGUUCCGCCAAGAAGCCGACCGUUUUGCAGCCGCGGGUGUGGGGACCUCAGGAAAAGCAGCCUUGCAUUGGCGGGAGCAUUCAACUUUUGACACAUUGGCAGCUUUUUUUUUCUUUUUCUUUUUUUUUGGAUGGGGUUUCCGCUUCCCUUUGCAUUUUUUUUUCUCUCAGGUCCCAUCCAUCGGGUCCACGAUGAACUACCUGGGGGAUGCCCUGAACAAAGGUGCCAGGGCGUCCGAGGAUUUGAAGAAGAUCUCGGGGGACAUGAAGAAGAACUUCCAAAAGCUGGGUUUCCCAAGCUCUCUGGGCGUGAACUUUGGGAACAUGGGCAAGAAGGGUGGCACGGGAUAGCGGACAGAUGGGUUCGUUUUCAGGUGCCAAAAGGAUGUCGCUUCUUGGAGCCGAACUAUCAAAGCCCCGAGUCUGGGGAGGUUUCACUUCCAUCGGGAUGGCGCGGAUCGCGGUGG